AUGUAUACUCAUCUGAAAGGUUCCUGUGUCUGCUUCCAGGUCAGAGCUUCCUCUGUGGGCGUGAUGGAGCUGGAGGAGGAGGAGGAGGCUCUGAUCUCAGAGCUGAAGAAGCAGCUGGAGAGGGAAGACCUGUCCCCAGCGCAGAAGAUCAGCCUCCUGAACAGCGGCUUACAGAAGGCCCUGAACUCGGCGUCGGUGCAGAUGAGCAGCGGCGCGUUGGCCCGGGUCAAGUCUCAGCUGUACCUCAGCGGGGUUCUGAGCCACUGUGUCCUGGCUCUGGCUCUGCCCCCCAGCAGGCUGCAGGCCAGCUGGGGUCCCGCCGCAUCACUCGCCUACCUCACCAGCUCCUGCUGCGUGGGGCUGGAGGCGGGCAGCCGCUCGGAGGCCUUCCACAGGCUGUUCCUGCCCUCCGUCCUGGACGUGCUGCUCUCGCUGGCCAGUCAGCUGACGGCUCGGGAAGAGGGUGUUUCUCUCUUCAGGAAGGUGAUGGACUCCGUCGGCUGGCUGCUCUCCGCUCACCCCCAGCUCGCCUCUCAGGUUCUCAACUCCAUCCACUACGAGCAAAUCCAGAUGUGCGAUGAUGUCACCGUUGCUCUGCACUGCCUCCAGCUGUGGAUCCAAACAGGCUCAGUCAGCAGGGACUUCUUCUCUGGUCUGGACGACGACUGCCUGCUGCUGCUCCUCCACGAGGCCGUGGGCCACCUGGCGUUCAGCUCCCGGCCCUCAGCGGGCGCCGCCUCCAUCAGGCUGAUGCUCCUCAUGGCCGCUCAGCUGGGGCUCCGCCUCCAGCCCCUCCUGCUCAGCUUCAGAGGCCUGGACAGCCUGCUGAGGAAAGACUGGAGGGGGCGGGGCUUCGAUCAGGAAGUGGAAAAGCUGAUCGGACUCGUCCAAUCGGGACGAAGCGUUCCGACUCCAUCCGAGGUGAGCGGUGAGCGUGCACGUGCGGCCUGUGUGAUCCAGGCCGCCUGGAGGUCGUUCCGGACCCGGCGCCGCAUCAGGAGCCUCAACAGAGCCGUCGGCGCCCUGCAGAGGAGAUACCGGGCUCGCCGGAGGCAGCAGGAGCAGCAGAAGGAGGCGCAGCAGUGGGAGGAGGAGCUCAAAUAUCAGGUGUGUUUGAGGCGGCAGCGUGCCAGGAGGGAGUUCCACCAGAAACAGAGACGGCUCCUCCAGCUGCUUCCUCCCGGGCAGGUGCAGCCGUACCUGCAGGCCUGCGAGCGGCGGGCGGCCGUUCUGAUCCAGAGCUGCUGGAGGGGCUUCAGAGAGAGACGACGCUACAACCACACCCUCAAACUCUCCCUGAGGGAGUCACACCGACAGCAGCAGGCCGCCCGGACUCUGCAGAGAGCGGUGCGUCGUUUCCUGGAUAAGCGGCGAUCGGCCCAGGCCCCGCCCCUCCCCCCUCUCUGGAUUGGUCAGGAAGGUUUGACGGACGCCCGGAGGUUGGAGCUGAGGCAGCAGGUGGAGGAGUACAUCAGCGUGCACCGGUCGUCCCGGGUGAGCCCUGAGGAGUGCGCCUCCCUCCACCAGGAGGCGCAGCUGCUGCUGCAGGAGGCGCUGCAGAGGGGAGCGCAGCAGAGGAGGGAGGAGCAGCGGCUGCAGGCCCUGCUGGCCCACACGCACACGCAGCUGGAGCUGCUGAGAGAAGCCCCGCCCCUUUCGGCCGUCCCGCCGGCGUGCGCGGCGGCGUUCCUGAGCCCGGCGGGCUCCGUGGCCGCCCGGGGGCGCCACGCCCACAACGGCGCCCUACAGCUCACCCGCCGGCCCUGGUGGGCGGGGCUCGGGGGGGCGGAGGAGGGCGCCACGGCGGGCCACGCCCACCUGGAGGCGGAGUUAGAGGCGGAGCUCAGAGGGCUGUUCAUCGGAGGAACGGCGGCAACCGGAAGAGCCCUUAAACUUUGA